GUCAUGAACAUAGUCAUUAUUGAACAUGAACCUUGGAAACAAUCGCUCGAACACAACUAAUAGGAUCAACUAAUGGCUAUCGUUAUCUUUAUCACCGUCUUUCCCCGAGAUGUCCACGGCUUGUGCAACACCCUUCCUAGAUACAUAGAGAACAGUCUAGAAGUUUUGCCUCUACGCUGAUCAUCUCAACGAGCAGACGACACAUCCAUCCAUCAUGGCGAAAAGUGAGGUACCUGGUAGUCCGUCUUUUGACAGGGACUCGGUUAUGAAAGAUCUUGAGGAGAAAGGAUAUGCCGUAAUACCGGAUGUUUGCAGUGCGCAGGACUGUGACGCGUACAUAUCCCAGUACCGUGAUUGGCUGUCCCAGUUUGAGGAAGAUGAUUGGCCGUCUAACAUGCAUUCAGUCAUUCAGGGAUAUGACAUUGGUCAUUUCGAAAACACCUGGAACUGUCGAUUAAAAGCCAAGCCAGUGUUUGCUAAAGUGUGGGAGACAGAGAAGCUCCUCACAAGCUUUGACGCAGUAGCCAUAUCCUUUCCGCCAGAAGAUGAAAAGUUCGGAAUUUAUGACACAGGGAAAGCAUGGUUGCACGUCGACCAACCGGCAGAGAGAGUUGGUCUCCAUGGUUACCAAGGCGCCCUGUAUUUGGAGGAGGCGACAGAAACUGACUUCUGCCUCCGGGUUUUGUCGGGAUCACAUAAAUAUUUCAACGAAUUCUUUGAAGAAUUUGAGGCCGCUGCUAGGAAGAGUAAUAGAAUCGAUUAUUAUAGAUUAAAUGAAGACGACAAAUCUUGGUUCAGAGAGAAAGGCUGCGUUACCACUAAGGUUCCAGUUCCGAAAGGAGGGAUGGUCCUUUGGGAUUCUCGGACAGUGCAUGAUAAUUGUAGACCAGAGAAAGGCCGCCCGAAUUCCGACAGGUGGCGCUUUGUAGUUUUCGUCUGCAUGACGCCCGCCAAGUGGGCUCGGGCCGAUGAUAUUCCCUCCAAACUCAGGGCUUACAAUCAUAGGAUGAUGACAUCACACUGGCCAUCCAGAGGAAUCAACAUCUUUGACAAAUGUGAUCCUUUUAAUCAUCGCGAAAUCAAGUCUCCGAUAGGAGACUGUCUUCCGGAGGUUGCAACGACAAAGGAGGCGAAGCUGUUGUCUGGAGUGGUGGAGUACGACUUCGAAGACGGCGAACCCAACGGGCCUUCCUGGGAACCGGCGUGGAAUGAAAAUACCAGCAUCUAUUAGUCAUGACCAAGGGAGGCCAGAAAUAGUUUGUUGCAAAGGCUAUUGAACAAGAACAUGACAACAAUUACUUGAGACUGCUAACGGACUUUGAAAAUAUCAUUGUUCAUCUUCUGCUUAAAGAGAAGAAAUAGGCCUUUGUUAAAGAGGCCUGCUGUGCAUAGGCUUGAUGUGAUAGAUUGUGUUUAUGUGACAGGUAGGCAUGUGUUACACAGGCCUUAUAUUUAUAGGCCACUGUCAUGGAGGCCUUAUGUGUAUGGGCCUUGUCAUAUAGGUUUUAUGUGUGUAGACUGCACCAUAUAGGCCUUAUGUGUAUGGGCCUUGUCAUAUAGGUUUUAGGUGUGUACACUGCACCAUAUAGGCCUGUGUUAUAUAGACCUUUUGUGUAUAGAAAUACUUUAUAUAGUGCUUAUGUGUAUGGACAUAUAUCAUACAGGCCUUAUGUGUAUGGGCGUUGUCAGUAUCAAUCAAUAUUUAUUUCCGUACUCAGGAGGCCUCUGGCCUAUAGUUCGUCACGAUAUGGCUGCAAUAUUGCCGAUGUGACGUUAAACAAUAACUCACUCACUCACUCUGGCCUAUAGUACAAAUACACUGAACAAUUGAUCAGUUAGUGGAUUUUCUGAGAAUGUGAUUGUUUCUGUAUGUGGUAGCGUAAUAGAUAUACAUAGACAAUCUUUAUAAAUGUACCUUACUAGAAUUAGUUAAAAGGGAUAUGAAUUUGUAAUUGUCAGAAUGUACAUAGUAGUAGCUCUUAAUAUACUUUUUUCUCGACAUAUAAUAGGCUGGACAUAUACAAAGGAAAUAGCACUCGUCUUCAGUUACAUUCAGAUUACGCAUUUUACAUAUCUUAUGUUCUUUUAUUAAGCCUAAGAACCUACCAGAUUCUAUUCGUAAAUCAUGACAUGAACAGCGGAAUUGCGCAAGGUUUAUUCUGAAUUUUCUUACGUUUAACACUAGUCUGUCUCACAGUCCCUGAACCACAUUAUUUUCCCCACUGCCAAGCCCUCUCUGCAGUGCUAAAGCCCUAAAUAUAGCAAGUCUAGAUUU